AUGGGCGGUAGUGAAGUGGGCUGCUCGAGUUCUAAUCUAUGGCUUGCCCAAGACCCCAGCAAAAGAUGGGGUGAAGUAUUCUUCCUUCUCUACACUCCCUUUUGGCUCACUCUUUGCCUCGGAAUUGUUGUACCUUGGAAGCUUUAUGAGAAUUUCACAGAGUGGGAGUACCUUGUUCUGGGACUUGUUUCAGCACUCCCUGCUUUCAUUAUUCCCAUGAUAAUUGUUGGGAAGGCGGAUAGAAGCAAAUGUUGGAAGGAUCGUUAUUGGGUAAAAGCUAAUCUGUGGAUCAUACUUUUCAGUUACGUGGGGAAUUACUUUUGGACCCACUAUUUUUUUACCGUUUUGGGAGCCUCAUAUACAUUUCCAUCAUGGAAAAUGAAUAACGUACCUCACACAACUUUCCUUCUCACACAUGUGUGCUUCUUGUUUUAUCAUGUCACAUCAAAUAUGACACUUCGUAGGAUCCAACAUUCUGUGGCUCACUUGCCAGAAAACGUCCAGUGGUGUUUCGAAGCCGCCUGGAUUUUAGCCCUUUCGUACUUCAUAGCAUAUCUAGAGACAUUAGCCAUCUCCAAUUUUCCCUAUUAUGAAUUUGUGGACCGUGCUUCCAUGUACAAAGUUGGCUCCUUGUUCUAUGCGAUUUACUUCUUCGUUAGCUUCCCUAUGUUUUUGAGGAUUGAUGAGAAGCCUGGUGAUCGUUGGGACUUGCCUCGGGUAGCCAUUGAUGCUUUAGGUGCUGCAAUGCUAGUCACCAUAAUCCUUGAUUUAUGGCGUAUUUUUCUUGGCCCAAUUGUACAAAUUCCAGAUUCUAAACAGUGCCUUCAACCGGGAUUGCCUUGGUUCCUAGGUAAUGCCUAG